AUUGGUUUAUUUUUUAUAUUUAUACUAUACGAAUAUAAAAUUUUAUUUAUGUAUUAAUCACGCAAUAUGGUUUUCUGCAGCAGUACUAUUCCCCUCGAGGAGCUCAAGAAGACUGUGCUACAGUCCUACCCCGGUAUUGAGCAACGUCUAAGGAGCGUUUUUGUCCAACAUGACAUUGUUGGUGAUGACAGAAUUCCCUAUGAGAUUGUUGAGCUUCUUUUGAGAAACUUUUUUUACGAAUGUGGUCUCGAGGAUUACAUACGUGAGGUGACAAACAGUGAAGGUCUUAUGGACCACAAUCGGGUUGCUCCUUACCUCAUUGGUUCUUCUAUGGAAGACUUAUCGGACUCUAACCCCGAGCGCAUGGUUUGUUGCGACGAGAUGGCAACCUUGGCUAUUGUUUGGCUGAAGGUUCUUAGUGAUGUAUACAAGCAGGAGGAUGCUGGUGUUUCUAUGAUGUGCGGAACUGGAAUGUGUUUUAGCAGUUCAACGGUAAAGCAGGAGACUGACGUUGUUCACACUGUUGCUAAUGCCAACUCCCCUUCGGAGUUACAGAGUCAGACUGCGGAGUUUGACGCUUCAAUUACCAUUAAUGAUCAGCAGUAUUUGGAGCACAUUAAUGACUCUGAAGACGAGGCUCAAUUGAACCAGAAGAAUGUUGAAAACUAUAUCCACACCUUGGUAUCUGAGGCUUCUAACAACAGGCAGAAGGGAGUUAAAUGCUUUGUUUACUCUUCAGAAAUGACUCCAAAUGGCGGCUGCAUUAGCGCUGGUGCUGCUCUUCCUCAGCGUAGGGAACGUACCCAAGGACGCAGGAAACCAACCGCUGGAUGCUGUUAGACUGGUUGAACCACUUCUGCCCUGCGGUCGAAACCGACUGCGCAUCUUCCUUGCGUAAGCAUGUGAAACAAUGUGUAACAUACUUUUGUUAGACCAUUAUCUGUGCUAUAUCGUCGUAAAUAAGGUACUAUUGACGGGAAUGGCGCCAAUCACUAAACGUGGUAAAGUUGUUGACCACAAGGCAUAUAACACGUUAUAUGUAAUCUACCGUUUUAUUCAGUG